AUGCUGCCUUCCAACCCAGACAAAUGUGAUGAUGAUGCCUGCGUGGCGCCAGGAUAUCGCAGUCGCGCCCUACCGUCCUCUUCCCUUUCGACAAUCGCUUUCUCGUCCAUCCCACUGGUCGUAACGUUCUUCGUCGUCAGUCUCCUGGUCCUCCAUAAGCUGUUUCCUCUAGUCUCCGGCUCCUCGCAACCCAAGGAUGAAGACGGCCACUAUCUGCCGAGCGACGCGCCCCCAAGCUUGCGCCAGAAGCACACAGAACACAGUGCGAGAAUAGGGAGGCGCCGCAUCGUCGCUAUUGCCUUCUCAGCGACAAUAUCACUCGCUGCUGUUCUUGCGGAGUUGAUCCUCUGCGAAAUCUCGAAUACCUUGAAUCCCACUGUACGAGCGUUCGCCCUCAAAGCAGUUAUACCAACACUUCUGUUCUUAUUAGUCGUCUUAAUACCGUUCCUCGAGUUACAAUCCAUAGUGUCUGGUUUUGGUUGGAGCUUUCAGCGAGCUGAGAAUGAGAAGAUACCGAGAACUCCAUGGCUCCUACAAAUAAUAGGCUUCACAACAUGGAUUGCGGCGUUCUGGUGGCUGGGGAAAGGAGUACCGGGGACAUAUAUACACACUAUGGCGUCUCAAUCAGGUAAAGGCUUGGGCGAAGCAUGCCUUGAAAGAGUUGGCAUUAUUGGAAUUUCUUUGAUGGCUCUCCUAUCUGGCUUUGCGGCAGUGUCCAACCCCUGGCAGACAUUUUGGGCAAAACCCAAACGGGUGACCGAAGCAGAUGUGGCUCGGAAGCAAGCCGGCCUCGAUGCCACGAAUGAUAUGCUUGCCGCCAAACGCAGCCGACUCCGUGCCCUGCAACGCAAAAUUAAGGAAGCUCCUUCAGAAGGCUUUAUGUCGAAGAUGAUUGGAAGCAUCCGCGGUACGCCAGAUACACAAGAGCUGAAAGCUCUACAGCUUGAAAUAUCAGGCCUCAGCUCCAUGGCACUGAGCCUCUCGGCCUCUCUCGCCCUACUACAAAAUCAGUUUGCAUCCAACCAACGGGCAUCCUCUCCCAUAGGAAGGCUCCUCCUAACGCCAACCUCAUACGCAUUUUCCCUAUACUGCGUUUACCGGAUAUUCACAACCUCGCUCUCAACCCUCCGUCGUGUCCUCGUCUACUCUCCCGACCCUUCGACCUUCACUUCAUCCACUACAGACCCAAUUAACCGCAUUCUCUCAUUACUCGCCAAGCAUGUGGACCCAACACUCGACCAGCUUGCUUGGUCGCGCCAGAUAUCCUUCCUCCUCUCCGGUAUCAUUCUCAUCGCUUCCUUCAACAGCGUGCUACAGACAUUCCACAUGCUUACCAAACUUUCGCCCUCCCUUCUCUACCAAGCCCAAGCCAAUUUUGCCCUUAUCAUCGCGCAGAUCUGCGCUACCUACGUAAUUUCUAGUGCUUUGCUGUUGAGAAGUAAUCUGCCCACGGAGAUGAAGAGUGUGGUAAGCGAGGCACUCGGGAGUCCAUUAGAGCCUGGGUUUGUGGAGCGGUGGUUUGAUGGUUGGUUUUUGGUUGCGAGUUUUGGCACUGCGGCCGGUAUUUGGGUUGGGAGGCAACUUGGUGGAUUUGGCAGAGAUUGGGAUGAUUGGGAUGAGUUUGAGGGGGAUGUCGAGCUGGGUCAAAAGAGGAGUUGA